AUGACUGAACAAUCAAACUCUGCUAACAGUGACAUUGAGCGUAUAUUAUCAAGCCAAGUCUGGAAAAAGCGUUCCCUUACAACAAGAAAUAGCCCUUCUCCACUUCGAGAAAAGUUGAAAAUUGACUGUUCGAAGGUAUCUGUACUCAGCAAGGCCAAAUCUAGUCCACGGCUACCUCCAAUAAAAGAAGAUUUCUUAACAAAGCUAAAAUCUGCUACAUUACCUCCACUUUCUCCCACAGCCCUUUCGAGUACUGACCAUAGUAAACGAUUAUCACGAUUAGCGAUUCCUUAUAAAACUCUUGCCAGCUCACUUAAAAGCCAAGUUAAGACUGUAAAAUCGAAUUACGAGCUAAUAAAAGUACCCAAAUUCCCCAAAUCUCCGUUCGGGAGCCACAAGAACAUAAUUAUCCCUGAAUUUGAAGAUUUAACAAUUGAUUACACAACUGUGCAUGACGCUGAGUUGAGAGCUAACCAGAUAAAGUGCUUAUCUGGGAGGAUGAAAUCUGAAGGAUUAUUCGCUACUCUUAUGGCGAAAUCAGUAUAUCAAAAAUAA